UAUUGAAUUGUAUAAUAUUGUUUAACUGCGUGCGUAAUAUUGCAGUUUUACACAUGUAAAAUUAUGUAUAAAAUACGUUACAACAUGUUGAAAUAAAAAUAAAAAACCUUUUAUUUACCUUCUUUAGUUUAGAAAACACCAUUCAUUUAAUAAAGAGACUUUAAAUUACAUUGUAUUGAGAUUUUGACAUAGCAUUUAUUGAUCUUAGGUCUAACCAACAUAAAGUGGACAUUUUAAAGUUACGCUUACGUUCACAAUUCCCAGGUGAAAAUGAAAAAGUUAGAUUCCUACGCAGCAAUCCUCAGAAUUGGACUAUUUUUCUUGAUACUGCGAGGUAUAUCGGCGGAGUACUGCUACAACACGUAUUAUAUGACAGCCUACGACUGUAAUAAUGGUUGCUGUGGUGAUUAUUACAGUUCUAGUUACGGGUGUUGUGUAGAGGUAGGCACCAUUGCCGGCGCCGUCGUCGGGGGAAUCAUAGUCAUUGUUAUUAUAGUUGUUGUGAUCAUAGUCUGCAAGCAGCAAAUGACAAAGAGAGGAAGAGUCGUCAAUCAUCCGCCGCAGAAUCAUGCUCCUCCUACUGUAACAGUGAUUCAACCUUCAGCUCCACCCUAUAACCCACAAGGACCUCCAGCGCCGGGCUACCACGGACCUCCUCCCGGGGCACCUGGAUUCCACCCCGGAAACCAGCCUCCACAGAUGUACCCUCCUCCACCGCCUGGAAACGCGCCUCUUUAUGACCCCGCCUACCCACCUAAAUAAAUUACUAAGUACAUUUGUGUACUUACAUAUAGCAGUGACAGAAUCAUGUCACAUACUUAAAUAUGAUUGGAUAAGAACUUUAUUAAAAAAUUAUUAGAACAUAACAGAGCAAACUAAGAUUAUACAUUUAUUUUAUUUUGAGGCCAUUGUUUGCGAAAAAUAUUUCAGAUGUUUACUCGAAAAAUUUGUAAAGUUAUAAAGGAGAUUUUGAUAUAUUUAAUUAACAUAUUAUGUUCACUAUUUAUAUGAAAAA